AUAGUACCAGGAGCCGGGGGAGCUAAGAAUACUGGGACUUCAAAGGAACACUCUUCAGUCAUGAUUGAACGUCUUAGGAAGGUGAGCUUGCCAGUUGUUUCGUCGGCUAUCCUGGUUUGCAGUUACCACUAUGCCAGGCUCCUGGGAGUGGUUUGCUUUGACAUCGGACAAAGGACCUCCGACAAGUCCUUGGUGGGUCGCAAUCGGUACCGAUUCAAGUGGUACUGCCUGAGCCUACGACUCGUUAGCGCCACUUCAGUGUGCUGUUUCUGUGCUCCUUACGUGGCUGAAAUCGUGGAUCCCUACGAGAGGAUGCUACAGUGCCUCCGUCUUUCGGCCAGCCUCAUAUGCGGCAUCUGCAUCAUAGCAGUUCAGAUUGGCUACGAAAAGGAGCUGCUUCGGAUGAUCAACAGUUUCCUGCGGCUUUUUCAACGAGUUCGUCGCUUGUCCUCCUUGAAAAGGAUUGGAUUCGGCGGCAAGCGGGAGUUCUUUCUGCUCCUCAUCAAAUUCAUCUGCUUGGUCUACGAACUGUACUGUGAGCUCUGCCAACUGGGGAGUCUACACACCUAUCUAUCCUGGGUUACCAUGUUGUUCGAAAUUAUCCUGGAAGUUGGCUCUCUGAUGAUUAUACAUAUUGGCUUCUUUGGAUACCUUAGUAUAGCCGCUCUGUACUCCGAGAUUAAUAGAUUUGUGCGUGUUGAGUUACGACGGCAGCUAAGAUCCCUGGAGCGUCCUGGCGGAGGUCCUGUAAGUAGACGACAACUUAGGAUCGUAGAAAAUCGCCUGGAUGAGUGCAUAUCUGUUUAUGAUGAAAUCGAACGAGUGGGCCGACUAUUUCAUCGCUUGUUGGAGAUACCCGUUCUUAUAAUUCUGGUGGGAAAGAUAUUUGCCACCACGGUUUUGUCCUACGAGGUGAUCAUUCGAGCCGAGUUGUAUCCCAGUAAGGCUGGUAUGUGGGGACUGGUGGUGAAGAGUUUUGCGGAUGUUAUACUCCUCACCUUGGCGGUUCACGAGGCGGUCAGCAGUUCCCGAGUGGUUCGGCGUUUGAGCUUGGAGAACUGUCCCAUCAGCGAUUACAAGGAGUGGCAUGUAAAGUGGGAAAUGUUCCUGAGUCGCCUGAACUUCUUUGAAUUUCGCGUUAGACCCUUGGGAUUGUUUGAGGUCUCCAACGAAGUAAUCCUGCUAUUUCUGUCCAGCAUGAUAACUUAUUUUACUUAUGUGGUUCAGUACGGCAUGCAAACCAAUCUUUUGUGA